CGUCUCCAACUCUUUCCUUCUUUAUCUUCUCUCGAUAACUGAGACAUGGCCGGCGGCGCUCUCGUCAACUCCGGUUCAGGCAAGGAAUACCCCGGCAAACUAACCCUCUACGUCCUCGUCACCUGCGUCGUCGCCGCCACCGGCGGCCUCAUCUUCGGCUAUGACAUCGGCAUCUCAGGCGGGGUGACGUCGAUGGACUCGUUCCUGGAGAAGUUCUUCCCGGAAGUUCACCGGAAGCAGCAGGCAAACCGGAGCACGAACCAGUACUGCCAGUUCGACAGCCAGCUGCUUCAGACCUUCACGUCGUCGCUCUACCUCGCGGCCCUAGUCGCCUCCUUCUUCGCCUCCGGCGUGACCAGGGCCUUCGGCCGCAAGUGGUCCAUGUUCGGAGGCGGCGUCACCUUCCUCGUCGGCGCCGCCCUCAACGGCGCCGCCAAGGACGUCGCCAUGCUCAUCAUCGGCCGCAUCCUCCUCGGCAUCGGCGUCGGCUUCGCCAACCAGUCGGUGCCGGUGUAUUUGUCGGAGAUGGCGCCGGCGCGGCUCCGCGGCAUGCUCAACAUCGGCUUCCAGCUCAUGAUCACGAUCGGCAUCCUCGCCGCAAACCUGAUCAACUACGGAACCAACAAGAUAAAGGGCGGGUGGGGGUGGCGCGUCAGCCUCGCGCUCGCCGCCGUUCCGGCGGGCAUCAUUACCGUCGGCUCCCUGUUCCUCCCCGACACCCCCAACUCCCUCCUGGAGCGCGGCUUCCCUGAUCGCGCCCAGCGCAUGCUCCGCCGCAUCCGCGGCACCCACGACGUCGGCGCGGAGUACGCCGACCUGGUGGCCGCCAGCGAGGAGUCCAAGUUGGUGGAGAAUCCGUGGGCCAACAUCCUCCAGCGCCGGUACCGCCCCCAGAUCAUCAUGGCCCUGCUCAUCCCCUUCUUCCAGCAGCUCACCGGCAUAAACGUCAUCAUGUUCUACGCCCCCGUCCUGUUCCGCACCCUUGGAUUCGGCAGCAACACCUCGCUCAUGUCCGCCGUGAUCACCGGCCUCGUCAACGUCUUCGCCACCUUAGUCUCCAUCUUCACCGUCGACCGCCUCGGCCGCCGCAAACUCUUCCUCGAGGGCGGCGCUCAAAUGAUCGUGUGUCAGAUCGUAGUCGGGACAUUGAUCGCGAUCAAAUUCGGGACGAGCGGCGAAGGCCAUUUUCCGAAGGGGUACGCGGCGAUCGUGGUGCUGUUCAUCUGCGCGUACGUGGCGGGGUUCGCGUGGUCGUGGGGGCCGCUGGGGUGGCUGGUGCCGAGCGAGAUCUUUCCGUUGGAGAUCCGGUCGGCGGGGCAGAGCAUCAACGUGUCGGUGAACAUGCUGUUCACCUUCGUCAUCGCGCAGGCCUUCCUCACCAUGCUCUGCCACAUGAAGUUCGGCCUCUUCUACUUCUUCGGCGGCUGGGUCUUCAUCAUGAGCCUCUUCGUCUUCUUCUUCUUGCCGGAGACCAAGAACGUGCCCAUCGAGGAGAUGGUGCUCGUGUGGAGGAAGCACUGGUUCUGGGGCAGGUUCAUUGCAGACAACGACGUCAACGGCGUCGAGAAGCCCAAGUCCGGCGAGAAGUAACUCCAUUGCCAUCGAUAUAAGCUUCAAUUUAGCUACACGUCUUGUUCUUACUCUGCUAGUUAAACCAGCUUAUUAUCGAUUAAUAUGAUGAACAAAUAGAAUGUAAUGAGAUUGCUGUAAAUAUUUUCUCAGUGCUGUAACAGUAGUUAUGAACGAUUAAAUGCUCCGAAUAAGUUGAUGAAAUAUCAGCAAAAAGGGACAGAGACUUGGCUUGUAUCAA